UCACCGAGUGCACGAUAAAGUUUCUCAGUCUCAACUAAUCUAUACACAAAAAUGGAGCUUCUUUUGCACAUACCAGUAUUUCUUUUGCUUCUGAUUGAACCCGAGAUUAGCCUGGCUGAUAAAGGAUCAGGAUGGCAGAAAUAUCUCACUCAAAUUUCCGAGGCCACCAGAAACUACCAGCCAUGCAGCCAGGAGAACUGCAGCUGCCACAUCAGUGUCCUGAAGGAGGACCUGAAGCCGUUCAGCAGCGGCAUCACGAAGGAUCUCAUGAUGGACACAGUUCGCCGUGGUGUGGGCACACAUUAUCAGAAUCAACACAAACUAUACAGAGAACCAGAGUGUAUGUUUCCAGCCAGGUGCAGUGGAGUCGAGCAUUUUAUCCUAAAAGUGAUUGACAGGUUGCCAAAUAUGGAGAUGGUAAUAAAUGUGCGUGACUAUCCUCAGGUGCCAUCAUGGGUUCAACCUGUGCUUCCUGUUCUCUCCUUCAGCAAGACUCCAGAUUACAGAGACAUCAUGUAUCCUGCCUGGACGUUUUGGGAAGGAGGACCUGCGGUCUGGCCCAUUUAUCCGACCGGAUUGGGUCGCUGGGACCUGAUGAGAGAAGAUCUGAAAAAAUCAGCAGCUCAAUGGCCAUGGAAAAAUAAAAGCCCCAAAGGUUACUUCAGAGGCUCCAGGACCAGUCCAGAGAGAGACCCAUUGAUUCUGCUGUCUAGAGAAGAUCCGAGUCUGGUGGAUGCAGAGUACACUAAGAACCAGGCGUGGAAAUCUGAAAAGGACACACUGGGCAGACCCCCAGCCAAAGAAAUUCCCCUGGUUGAUCACUGUGAAUACAAGUACCUUUUUAACUUCCGAGGUGUAGCGGCCAGCUUUCGCUUCAAACACCUGUUUCUCUGCGGCUCACUGGUCUUCCAUGUCGGAGAGGAGUGGCUGGAGUUUUUCUAUCCUCAGCUCAAACCAUGGGUUCACUACAUCCCUGUGAAACAGGACCUCUCUGACCUCAGAGAGCUGCUGCACUUCGUCAAGGAAAAUGACAACGUGGCAGAGGCCAUCGCGCUAAGGGGCCAGAAGUUCAUCGAGGAUCACCUUCGUAUGGAGGACGUGUCCUGCUACUGGGAGACCCUCCUCACUGACUACAGCAAGCUGCUCAAGUUCGAGCCCAAACGCAAAUCCAGCUACAACCAGAUCACCCAGAAACCAGACAGGUCUGAACUUUGACCUGCACAUGAUCGUCUAGUGUCUGUAAAACAAGUUUCUUGUUGGUUCUCCUCGAAUUUAGCACUUGUUUCAAAAUAGAUCAGGUAGAUCGAAUGGGGAAAAUAUGUUUACUAUACAUUUUGCUUACUUGCCCAAUAAUAGAUUAGAUAGGAUGCUAUUAGAUUAAUUCAGUAGAUUCUGGGUGGUACAAAUACUAGUGGUGCAAGUAUUUAGUUAAAGGCAGCUCUAAUGACUCUGUGCACCUUUUUUCAUGAUUUUCUUCAUCUUGUCUUAUCCUGUGUCCCAAGACUUUUGGUCAGGUAUUGUUUAUAAAUACAAACGUGUUCGUAUUUUUCAGCUCGAACAAAAGCCGAAUUGAGAAAUAAUAGUAAUGUUUAGUAAUGUUGAUUAAAUUACAUUUUUACUGCAGACAUCCUAAAAUAUCAGCAGCAAUUUUUUUUCCAGUUAAUUUACUAAAGCAAUGAAAGCAAAUUAAAGAUGAGCGUUGCUUUUUAAUGCCUGUUAUAAUAAUGAUUCACGAUUCAAGUACAUUCACUUCACAAAUGCCAGGGCAUACUGCCCUCUCCUGGUUGAUCAGGAAAAACUGAUUCUUGCACACAUCUACACAGAUAAAUCUCCUUGUAAAUAUUUUCCUACUCAGACACUCAUGAGCAAAUUUCUUUGUGUUCCCCCCUUUAAUACUCGCCAUCGUAUCGUAGCCAAAUUCCUUCCUCCUCGUUGUAUAUAUCUGCAUAAUCACCAGCAAAUCAAGCUCACAUGAGUAGUUGAGCUGCUAUGUGUAUUAGAGACUCGCUUAAAAAAAAUACCAUAUCUGCAGACAACAUUAAAGUGCCACUGUAAAUCUAAAUGUGAACAUUAUUCUGCCAUUUUGAACAUUCUGAGCAUCAUAUUCAUGUUCUUCCAUUUAGAUGAUGUGCUAUAGAGCCACGUUGGCACUUCAGUGUUGAAUAUGUUCCAGUAUUCUUUAUGUACAUCAGCAAUAAACGUGUUGGAGUCGAGCGGUUUACGUUGUGCUCCAUGUUUGUUAUCCAAGUGAGUAAAGAAAAUGAAAGAGGAUAUGCAACUAUUUUGUGUAGACGUGUGUGUGUGGGUUUUCUUUUUUUAUGUUUUUUUUUUUAUGUUCAUCCAUCUGCUUUUCAGACCGAAUAAAUGCUAUUUUUCAAAA